AUGGAGUGUGGAAAUAUCACAUCAGUUCUUGAACAUUUUGAACUUCUGGGAUUCUUCUACCCUAAACACCUAAAGCUCUUGUUGAUCACUUUCUUCUUCCUAGUGUACAUACUGUCCCUUUCGGGAAAUGGCCUGAUCCUCUUAGUGAUAGCAUUGGAGCCUCAUUUGCACAAGCCCAUGUACUGGUUCCUCUGCCACCUUUCCAUCAUGGACAUGAUGGUCUCCUCAGUGGUGGUUCCCAAACUGAUCGCUUGGCUGGUAGAGGGUAAUGGGGUCAUCUCGUUUGCUGGUUGUGUAUCCCAGCUCUUCUUCUUCCACUUCCUGGGCUGCACAGAAUGCUUCUUGUACACCGUGAUGGCCUUUGAUCGCUUCCUGGCCAUCUGCAAACCACUCCACUACAGUACCAUCAUGAGUGGUCAAGUCUGCUGUUGCCUUGCCAUCGGCACCUGGUUUGGAGGCUCCCUGCACUCUGUUAUACACACCUCCCUCACUUUCCGUUUGCCAUAUGGCCGGGGGAACCAGGUGAGCUACAUUUUAUGUGACAUCCCACCUAUGCUGAAACUAGCCUGUGCAGACACAUCCCUCAACAAGAUGGUGACUUUGGUUGACAUUGGGUUGGUAGCCAUGACCUGUUUCCUCCUGAUCCUGACAUCCUACGUGUAUAUAAUUUCUGCCAUCUUAAGGAUUCCCACUGCCAAAGGGAGACACCGAGCCUUCUCCACUUGCUCAGCCCAUGUCACCUUGGUGGUGAUAUACUAUGUGCCUGUGGUUUACAACUACGUGCGUCCAGCAUCUCAGGACUCCUUGGAUAAUGUGGUUGCUAUGUUUUAUGCAGCAUUGACACCCUGCUUAAACCCUGUCAUAUACACACUGAGGAACAAAGAGAUGAAAGUGGGUGUGAGGAAAUUAUGCAGCAGAAAACCACAGUGCCCUCUUAGCUAA